AAGAAAUCAAACGGUCAAUGGGUAAUAUGUUUAAAGAAAGCAAAACGAAAGUGUAGUGUUCCCUUUACUAUCUGUAUGAAAAAUGGUGAGUUUGAGUGGAGGUUCCACCUUUCAGGCUGCCGCUCCAUUGUUAGCACUUUCUUCUCUCUCGCCGCGUCCUCUGAGGUACGCAGUGCUUGGAGCUGGUUUUGCUGGGCUUUCGGUUACUUGGCAUCUCUUGAAGCUGUGUCCUAAGGAUGUACCUAUACGUAUUGACUUAUAUGACGAAGCUGGCAUUGGUGGCGGGGCGUCUGGAGUUGCUGGAGGGCUUCUUCACCCUUAUUCUCCAAAAGUUAAACUUCUCUGGAAAGGUGCUGAAUGUUGGGCUGAGUGCUUAAAGCUUUUGAGCGUUGCAGAAUCAGCUCUUCACCCCAAAGAGUUGGAUAGUGAGAUGGAUGAAUGCCAGAAUAUGAAUGAACUCAUUGUUCUAAGACGGGGCAUCUUGAGGCCUGCAAUUAGCUUGAAGAAUUUGAUGGUGUUAAAAGAAAAUGCUCGGAAUGGACUCGAUAGCUGCAGGAUCGAAACGAUUGAUGAAGUUUCUGCCCGAGAUCUUGUUCCUGAGCUUUGUGUUCCUCUAAAUACAGCUUUUUACAUGCCUCAAGCAGUAAAUAUCAAUUCUCAACGUUAUCUUGAGGCGCUAUUUAUAGCAUGUGAAAAUCUGACCAAGGAAACAUCCACCUCAGGUUUUGGUCAUAAGGAGUUGUAUUUGCAGAAAAAAUCUAUUAACAAACUGCGUGAACUAGAAGGGACAUACGAUGCUGUGAUAGUUUGUCUAGGUGCCAAAAUGGUCAUGCUUCCUGAACUUACUGGAAAGCUUCCUUUGAGAACUUGCCGAGGUGUAGUUGCUCAUUUUCAGCUACACGAUGAUAUCAGCAAUGCAUACCCAGGGCUUGGGCCUUCUAUAUUGUCAGACGCAUGGCUAGCCAUACGAGGUCCAAGAAGUUUAUAUAUGGGUUCAACAUGGGAAUGGAAAUCAACAAAUUCGUCACCUGAAGUUUCAGAAGAGGAAAGUUCAAGAGCGGUUGCAGAACUUUUACCAAAAGUGUCUGCCAUUUAUCCAUCUAUAAAGGAGUGGAGUUUCAUAAGAGCAAGGGGUGGUCUCAGGGCAAUGCCACCACUCAAUCCUCAUGGAUCUCUUCCUCUUAUGGGUUGUAUAGAUGAAAUUAUAAGACACAACAGCUCUUGCAAGUACUGGGUAUUUGGAGGGCUUGGUUCAAGGGGAUUAUUGUACCAUGGUUGGCUUGGGAAAUUAACAGCGCAGGCUGUGCUUACAUGUAAUGAUGAACUAAUUCCAUCUGAACUGACCUCUUGGAAGAAAAUAAUGAACAGUUAAUCCAUUUUCUCUUUCCCCAUUCA